AUGGAACAGCCUCCUAUCGAGUGUAAUGGUGACCAUAUGGAACAGCCGCCCAUCGAAUGUAAUGAAGACUAUAUGGAACAGCCUCCAAUCGAGUGUAAUGGUUACCAUAUGGAACAGCCUCCCAUCGAAUGUAAUGAUAACCAUAUGGAACAGCCUCCCAUCGAGUGUAAUGGUUACCAUAUGGAACAGCCUCCCGUCGAAUGUAAUGAACACCAUAUGGAACAGCCUCGCAUCGAGUGUAAUGGUUACCAUAUGGAACAGCCUCCCAUCGAGUGUAAUGAUUACCAUAUGGAACAGCCUCCCAUCGAGUGUAAUGAUUACCAUAUGGAACAGCCUCCCAUCGAGUGUAAUGAUCACAAAAACAGUGACACAGUUUGGUUGACAUAUGGAACAGCCUCCCGUCGAGUGUAA